CCCCGCCAUUCCACCCCACGAUUUACUUCCCGGACUUUUCCCCGUCCUGUACAACUACCUACUAACUAUCCCAUCACGAACUCAAACAAGUACAUCAUGUCGUCAACAGUUAAUGCAGGAGUCUACAUCUGGAAGCGUCUCGCUUCACUGGGUAUUGAACAUGUCUUUGGUGUUCCGGGAGACUUUAAUCGUGAGUGCCUUUACUUCACCCGCAUUCCGGUGUUAUUUCUGUUGGUGAGAUCUCACUAACACCAAGUUUCAUCGAAGUUUUCCUUUUGGAUCAGAUCUAUAAGGUUCCCGAACUCACUUGGCUUGGUACUUGCAAUGAAUUGAAUGGAGCUUAUGCUGCUGAUGGAUAUGCGAGAAUUAGAGGGAAGCCAGCUGCGCUAUUGACUACGUAUGGAGUGGGUGAGUUGUCGGCUAUGAAUGGUGUUGCUGGAGCUCGUGCCGAACAUGCUGGGAUGAUACAUUUGGUUGGGAUGACUGCGAGACCAGGUGGGUUUCUUUGACGCACGCUUUUGGGGAUCUGUUAACGAAAUGUUAUAGUCCAAAAAGCAAAGGCGCUUAUUCAUCAUACUAUGUAUCCCGGAAUGGAUCAUGGGAUCUAUGUUGGAAUGUCUGAGCCAAUCCGGAAAACUCACACCUACUUGAUGGAUGAUGCUACCAUGGCGUCUGAAAUUGAUCGUGUAAUUAUUGAGGGAGUCAAAAGCAAGUUGCCGGUUUUUAUAUAUAUACCAACCGAUGUUGUGUUUGUACAGGUUGAUGCCUCAAGACUCGAGGCGCCACUGGAUACUACAAUCAGAAACGAGAGUGAAGAUACAGAAAAUGACAUUGUGAAAUCCAUUCUGGAUCUUAUCAAGAGUGCUGAAAGCCCGGUUGUUGUGGCUGACGUUUUGGCUAUCAGGCAUGGUGGCCGAGAUUUGACAAGAGAAUUGGUCGAUCUGACGCAGUUUCGAAGUUUCUCCACUCCAUUAUCCAAAGGGGUCAUUGAUGAGGAUCAUCCAACGUAUGGAGGCUUGUAUAAUGGCAUUGGUAAGGCUCAUCAACAACUGACUUAUUCGAUCUAUAAUUUCAUUGCUGACUUCUACAAGCUUCAUUCGAUGGCAUUGCGGAUGCUAUACACGGCUCUGAUCUCGUUUUGAAUGUCGGUCCUCUCCUCUCAGACUCCAAUACUGGUGGAUUUACUCGUGAUAUUAAAAACACCAAUCUUGUGUCCUUGGGACACGAUUUUGUGCAAGUUCGUGAACAAAGAUUUGAAGGUUACCACUUUUUCCCUAUCCUAACCCAAAUUUUUGAAGAGCUGAAGAAGGAACCUUCCAAGUUCAAUCUUCCAAGACCUUCGAAAUCCCAAAAGCUUGAGGUAAAUUAUCCCUGGUUGGUUUCUAAAUAGAUUGGCUCACAGGCUAAACAGCCACCUCGACUGAAUGACUCGGCAUCUGGUCCCAUUGAGCAAUCAUACACCUGGCAACGCAUUGGACGCUUCUUGAAACAAAAUGAUAUCGUUUUGGCAGAAUCAGGGACCGCCCAAUUUGGAAUGCCCGAUGCCACGUUUCCGAAGAACACGCAAUAUAUCACCCAGAUAUUCUGGAGUUCCAUCGGAUACACCAUCGGCGCUUGUCUCGGUGCUCUCGUCGCAGCUAAAGAGAUGAGAAACCCAGGCCGAGUAGUUCUGAUUGUAGGUGAAGGCUCUCUCCAAAUGACAGUGCAAGAGAUUGGAUCUUACAUCAGAUUCGGAUUUACGCCCAUUAUAUUUGUCAUCAACAAUAAUGGAUACUCCAUUGAGAGAGCCAUUAAUGGUCCAAAACAAGACUACAAUAACGUCAGCAUGCUGUGGGACCAUCAGAAGAUGCUCGAAUUUUUCGGGGCGAGAACAGAGACUGGAAUCAAGAGCUCGAGCUACAAAUGUUCCACGGUGGAGGAGUUGGAGGUGGUCCUCAACAAUGAGGACUUUGCGUCCGGAAAUUCGAUUCAGGUACGUCCGUGAACAACAGGAUUUGAAGUUAGAGCCGAAGAUGUAUCGACUAACAUUUUGUCAGCUGUGUGAAAUUGUUAUGGAUCAGUUCGAUUAUCCUUGGAGAUUAAGCAAACAACUGGAGAUUCACAAGGCCAAGUUGGCUGCUGCUGCUGCAAAUGCACCUGCAGUGGGCGUAUAAACCCCAGACUUGGAAGGUGUAUAUGUAUUAAAAAUAAGCAAUUUGCAGACGUCCUUCAGGAUACUUAGUGGAAUGGAAUCAAAAAACCGCAUUACAAAACACUACUCUUUCUCCUGCAGGUGAAAACUGAUGAGUUGUUGAAACCGUCACUGAAUUGAAAUGAACCUCUUAUGCACUAUCCUCGCGACUGGGGGAAGCAGAGAUGGGAUUCUUCUUUGGCUGGCA